GAGGUUUUUACAUUUUACAGGUUGUGAUCGUAUAUAGAUUAAAUUCAGUUUAACUCGCACGUAAUUAACGUAUGCAACGUGUAAUUCUAAGACAAGAUUUUCCAAAAUGUCAACAGAAGCUCAGCAAGCUUGCCAAAAAAUUGAAAAUGAUUUAAAAACACUGCUUUUGACUACAGAUUCUCAGAAGAAAGCAUCAAGUAUAAAAACAGAUAUAAAUGCAACUAGUUUAAAAGAAAAACAAAUUGAAAUUGGAAAGAACUCUGUGAUGUUAUCAGGUACAGCCUGUCAGCAUAAUCAAGAGGAAAUUAAUUAUCUUGAUAGAAGGGAAACACAGGGUAGGAAAAGACAUAGACCAAGAAGGGGUAAAAAUAAAAAUAACCAGUACAAGCCCAUAUCUAAAGAUGAGGGAGAAAGUACUGGUAGUGCAUAUAGUAUUCAAGCACAACAGUCUGUUGAUCUUCCCGUAUCGACUAAACAAAAACUUUCGUCACAGUUGAUAUUAAAAAAUAAAACCAGUGAUAGUUUAAAGGUUGUAGAUAGAAAUGACCAGAAAAACCCUUCAGUUAGAGGAUCAAGCGUGGGUUCUUCAGGUGGUUCAACUGAGAUAUUCCAUAGCCCUCAGCCAAAUUUGUCUGAAAAACAUUCGCAGUUUAGUGGAGAAAUAUUUACCGAUGGUCUGGAUUUGAACUUUCAAACAAGAAAUGACAAACGAAGCAGGAAAAAAUGGGAAAGAAAGACAAAACAAACAUCUGGUUUUGUUCCUGAGAAUUACUUCUUUCAGCAGGUUCUGGCUGAAAGUCACGCUUCGAAGCACAAAAAUGUAUUAGAACUCGAUGAAAGUGAAGUCGGCUUUGUCAAUGAUGAUCAGAUAGUUUCUCAAGAUAAUGAAGAUUACAACAAUUCAUUUGCAAAAGCCAUGCAGUGUAAUGAAAUGGAUGGCAGGAAGGAAAAAUGUGAGAAGAAUAAGAUUAAGAAAAAGAAACAACAGGAGAAAAAAACAUAAAAAUAAAAAUGUUGCAAAUAGCAGUGAGAAUGGGCACAAGGAAAUCCAAAGCAAAAGCAAGUCUGAAACAUCUAAAUCAACAGAAGAUAUAAAAAAUUCAAGUAAACCUGAUUCAAAACAAACAUUCAAAUCAGGAGAUUCCAAAAAACCAUCAGAUGCAAUCUCUAAGCAAUUCCAGGAGAAAUCAUGGUGUAAAAAGCUUAAUAAAGGUAUAGUGAUUGAAGAUAGUUGGUACUCAGAUGAAAUAAUUGAGAAGUUGGAAGAAGAAUUCAUCUUUCCUUUAAAAAAACGAGUUUCUCGUUUUCCCCGAGCCCAUUUUUAUUGCCAGCUUUGUGACUACCACUUGGACAGACCUGAAUACAUGAAGGAACACAUGCAUCGAAACAGUCACCGUAGCCGUAAAGAGCUGCAAGCAGUUCAUGCUUUGCUUCAAGACCUCCCUCCACCAUCAUCUGCUCAUUGUGAAGCUCUUACAAAACUUCUUGUGCAUGUUGCUGAGAGUAGUGGAUUAUCUAACAGGGAAGUAACAGAACGACAAGAACUUGUGGACAGGCUUAACACUUAUCUUGAAAAAAGUAUUCCAGGAAUUGAAGCAAGAUUGUAUGGAUCUUCUGUAAAUGGGUUUGGUCUAGUAGGUAGUGAUGUGAACAUAGACUUAGUAUUACCAGUGAAUGAGGUGGGCUCUACCAUUUUGGCAAAAACUUUCCAAUUGUUGAAAGAAUUAGAAGACUAUUCUCAAGUGGCUAGUGAUUUCACAUCCAAGAUUCCUCGAAUAACCUUCACUGAAAAUAAGACAGGCCUCUUUUGUAAUAUCAGUUUAUAUAAUGAUAGUGCAUGCCAGACUUCGCAACUUUUGGCGGACUAUUGCAGCAUCGAUCCAAGAGUAAAAGUUCUUGGAGUAGCUAUUUGCAAAUGGGCCAAGGUUUGUGAGAUAGAUGAUGCUUCAAAAGGAACUCUUCCUGCACAUUCUUUCCCACUGAUAUUGAUAUAUUAUUUACAACAGUGCAAACCUCCAGUACUUCCAGUUUUGCAUGCACUAUGUAUGGCUGAUGUUUGGACAUGCCAUAACAAGCAGAGUAUUGGUGAGCUGUGGGUGAACCUGUUGCGUUUCUAUAGUUUUCCCAUGGAGCAUAUAAUUUCUUUACGCCGUCAAAAUCCCCUAAAGAAGAAUGAGAAGAGCUGGGCAAAACGUCACUUUGCAAUUGAGGAUCCUUUCCAUACUAAACGAAACCUGGCUAGGUCUGUUAGCAACCAGCAUGUUUUUCGGUACAUUCAAGAGAGAUUUCAUGCAGCAUACACCUAUUUUGGAAUACCUCAGAUUGCUUCAGGACCAUUGUUUACAAGUCAAGAACUAAUUUCUUCAAGAACAAAACAGCCAAAGUUGAAUACAGAUGAACAAAAGGAUGCAUCUAUAUCUCACACAUCUCCAUCUGAAGUACUGAUCCAGGGUAAUGAUGUAUAUUCGGAGCAAAAAGAAUUACCAGAGGAUGGACAAAACAUUGUUGGUCAAGCAGGACAGGAGGCUAAUACCUCUGACUUAGUUCAGCAAGAUAAGGAACUUAAUGAUGAAGAUGCUGGUUCAGAAGUGGUUAAACAGACAGCCUGCAUUGACCAAUGUCAGCCUUCUGAAGAAUUGCUUAUCCCACAACACAUAUUUGAAAAUACAAGUCAGGAGAACCAACCAGUAGAGAAAGAUCAUUGUGUAGCCAAUGAUUUGACUCCAGUUCUCAUUGAGGAGCAGCAACUUGACUCUGAUACUGAUACUUCUCUUUCUGAUAGUAAACGAGAACCAAGAGAAACAGAGGAUUCAGAGGCUGUAACAUGUGAAAGUUUUAUAGAAGAUCAAGACACAGAUCUGUCACUAGAUAAUGUCAUUUCAGUUUUAACUAAACUUAAUUUGAACAGCCAGGCAAGUGAGGAUCAAAUGAAUGAAACAGAAGAGUUCUCAAUAGAAGAAAGUGCUCACGAAAAUGAAGUCUCACCAGCUAUAGAUGCUUCCAAAGACAUUGAUUCCUUAAAGAAAAAAAACAACAAAGCUAUAUCUGUUAGCAAUGACAACAUGAGUGUACAUUUUAACGCAAGGAAAAAGAAAUACGUGGUACCUGACCAUAUUAUGGCUGUUAUCAGAUGUCUGAAACCUGAUGAAUAUCACUUUGGAUUCUAUAAAGAUUCACUUACAAAUGGGAAGAAACCACCAAUUGCCUGCAGUCUUUGUCAGAGGGAAGGACAUUUGAAACAGGAUUGUCCUGAUGAGAAACUACCAGAAGUAAAACCUCUUCCACCAAUGACAGAACGUUAUUUACGAAAACUUGAUACCAUGUGUAAAAACAUUCUGAGAGAAAAUGCUCCAGAUGAUGAAACACUUUUUCAGAGGAAACAAAUGGUAUUGGAAUUGGAAGCUUUCAUACGUGAACUUUAUCCAGAUGCAUUUCUUCACCUUUUUGGAUCCUCGUGCAAUGGUUUUGGUUUUACUGACUGUGACUUGGACAUAUGUCUAACUUUCAAAGGUGAUGAAAAGGGAGAGACAUGUAAAAAUCAGCAUCCUGCAAUCAUUGAGAAGCUGGCAGAAAAACUACACCAUAAAUGGGGUCUUACUAACAUUGUUGCUAUAACAACAGCCAAAGUACCAAUUGUAAAGUUUAUGGACAAGUUAACCAGGCUAGAAGGAGAUAUUAGUUUAUACAAUGUACUGGCACAACAGAAUACUCACAUGUUGAAUGUGUAUUCUAAAAUUGAUGUGAGAGUGCAGAUCUUGGGUUACACCAUGAAGAAAUUCACAAAGAUUUGUGAUAUCUCUGAUGCUUCCCGUGGAAGCCUGUCAUCGUAUGCAUACAUUCUUAUGGUUUUGUACUACUUACAACAGAGGAACCCACCUGUAAUCCCUGUACUUCAAGAGCUUCAUGAGCCAGGUGAAAAGCCAGAAUUAAUUAUUGAUGGAUGGAAUGCUUGGUUUUAUGACAACAUUGAAAAUUUGCCCAGAAUCUGGCCCGACUAUGGGAAAAAUAAAGAAAGUGUUGGUGCAUUGUGGCUGGGGUUGCUAUGUUUCUACAGUGAAGAAUUUAAUUUCAAGGAGUUGGUCAUUUCUAUAAGGCAGAAAUCUCAACUUACAAGAUUUCAUAAACUGUGGAAUACAAAAAGUAUUGCUAUUGAAGAUCCUUUUGACCAGAAUCACAACCUAGGAUCAGGUGUCUCCAGAAAGAUGCAUACUUACAUCAUGAAGACCUUUAUCCGUGCCAGAGAAAUGUUUGGUACUCCUCUUGAAAGACCACCACUUGACUAUGAUCGUGUUUAUGAUUACUUGUUUGAUAGGUGGCAGUUGACUGAUGGCUUACCACCAAAUGACAGAGGGUGUCGUGCUUGUGGAAAGAUUGGACAUAAAGUGAAAGAUUGUUCCCAACGCCGAGCUAUGAAAGACAAAAUUCUUUCAAUCAGUCAUCAUGAAAAUAAUCAAGAGCAGAAUCGAAAAGAGGGACGUCAGAGUUCGGGUUCUGACCUUGCUAAUUUUCUAAUAACCAAAGGAUUGAAACAAGAGAACUCUUCAGCAUAUCAGAAGAAAACUAGGCUGAACAAUACAGAAGGCAGAAAAUUUCAAGAUUUAUUAGAACCCUCAAAACAUCAUCAUUGGAGCACACCAAAAAAUUCAUCCAGGAUCCCAACCAAUAUUUCUACUCCUCCAGGACUUUCUGGAAAAUCUAGAAGAAACACUAGUUCUUCACCAGAAGUACUAAAAGGUAACAAUCUUCAAUUGCCACCUGGAAUUUUUUCCUUGAGCCAGCAAAAAAUGAUGUCUCAAGCAUCAUCAAUAAACCAACAGAGACAGCAAAAGCCUACAGGCCAGAGUCCAUCUAUAAAUCAACAGGUUCAACAACAAGUUACAAGUCCAACAAGGUCAGGUAAUCAACACAGGAACAUGUUUCAACAUACAUCAUUUAAUCAGCAAAAGUUCAUACCCCAGACAUCCACUAAUGUUCAACAGGAGCAACAAAGAAUCGUAUCCCAAGAAGAAUUAUAUAAUCAUCAGAAACCUAUGACCCAAAACCAAAUCAUUUGUCAGCAGAACAAACAGAGAAAUAAUUCCCAUGGAUUUUCCUUUCAAAACUUGAAACAAAUGUCUCAAGAACCAUCCUUUAAUCAGCAAGAAAUAAUGCCACAAGAGCAAUCUUUUAAUUUUCAAAGAAAUAUGGCCCAAAAAACACACUUUGGUCAACAAAGAAAAAAGACCCAGGAAACACCCUUUGAUCAACAGAUGUUUAAACCUCAAGAUUCCCUGUUUGUUCAACAAAGGAACACACCUCACACACCAGCCUUUUGUCAACUAAAAGCUGUUCCUACAGGACCAGGAAAUGGUAGUUCUAUGACUCGUCUAAACCACCCUCCUGGGUUUCAAGUGCGACCAUCAUGUCCGAGGUUCUCUCAGGGACAGGAUUCUUAUAUUCAACAGCCGCAACCAUACGUCUCUAUAUCUGCAUCAACUGCUUGUCCAAAUUCGCCAUUUCAGAUAGCACCCAGUUAUCCUUCUGGUCCAACACCUUUAAUGGAACAUUUCAAUCAUUUGCAAACCAGUAAUCAUAACUAUCCUUCCCCAUUUACUAAACAACCUCAGACCAGUUUUGUUCCUCAUCAUAACAGCACUGCACCUAUGGGAAAUCAGUCUGGUUCACCUUUACCAUUUCCUUGUAAACCUCUUAGGCAUUCUCUACCUGGUUCCCAGGGUAACCCACUGAUACAUUCACCCCCUAUGACCUCAUCUCCUGAUAGAUUGUCCACUGCAGGAAAUAGUUUGCAUAUGUCUGCUUUACACUCAUUUUCACACCCAGGCAGUCUUGCUACUUUUGAUCCAGCCAUUAUUGUUUCAUUACAGUCUACCAACAUGAAAGGUGACAAUGGUGACAUUUUGCCAAAAUAGCAAGUCUUUUUUUUUUUUGACAAAACCUCUAGUGCCUCUGAACUUUUUCAGGGUACCUCAAAGAAGUUAUGGAUUUUUAAACUGUUUUGACCAUUUAGUGUUAUCUGUUACAAUUAAGUUUUGCUAAUUCUCUUUCAUCAUAACGGGAAUUUAAAAUAGUAUUUUAAAAAAAGGAAACAGUGGACACAUUUUCUAACUAGUUUGAUUAUGGUUUUUUGUUUUCAUUAUAUCUACAAAGAAUUCAAGUAUGGUAUUUUUUUUUCAACAGCAUAAUUUGGAAACUGUUGCUAUUUAAAAAAAAAAAAUUGAAGGUUUUUAUGUGGGAAGAUAAAAUUUGUAUAUAGAACUCUGUUAUAGUGAAUGGUUCUUGUACAGGAAGUUUCUUUCAAGACCGGCACUUUUCAUUUUCUACAUUUAUCAAAACAUUGUGUUAUAUAUAUAUAUGUAUGUGUCUAAUAAAACAUUAUAUCCGUAAGGCUUUAGCCGAACUUUUGACACGUUAAAUUUUGUUGUUUCUCUUUACUGUCAGCAUCAGUUACAGAUGAACUGAAUGAAUAGAUAUCACAUUUUUCUGUUGGAUGUUAAUUGUGUAGUUUUUGUGAACAUUGUGACUGAAGUUGAAUACAUUUAAAAAUUGUAUUUUCUUAAAACUUGUUCUGAAACAAUAGCACAAAUUAUGGUAAUUUGUUAUUUUUAUUUUGGAAACAUUUUUUUUAUGUUAUUUAAAUUUGUAGAGUGAAGUUUUAAGGAUUGACUAGUGUGUGUGUGUGUGUAUAGGAGUUGCAAUGUUUAGGAGGGAAAUCUGUUUUAAUUACUCAUCCAGGUUGAAUCAUAUCCACUUAAAUAGUACUUGUCUGGUAAACUAUGUAUUCUUCUGAACAUUCAACAAUAACUAAGCAGUUUGAAAUACAUAUUGGGAACUAAGUAAUGGUAACAAAGAAAUGAAUUUGGUUAUUUUGGCAUUGGCAGCGUAACCGCUGAUUUGUGAUUACAUCCAUAAUACUAUGAAGUAUAAAGCUUGUGUUUUUACAUCAACAGAUAAAUAUGAACGGUUGAAAUUGUAAAAAAAUCAAUAAAAGGAUAAAACUUC